GUCUAAGCAACUGUGGUAUCCAAUGUCUGCCCAAAAGCAUACGUUAGCUUUGAGAUGUUUACGUUGGAAAUUAUCAUUGCUGGUCACGGUUCCUGCAACUUUGACAUAUGUAGCAAUAGCAGCCAGAACACAGGCUAUAAGCAUCAGGAAAUAA